AUGGACGAGUUACGCGCUGUGGGAAAGGCCUACUUCGCGAGAGCAACAGAUCAGGAGAAAGAAUUGGCCAAAGAAUUCUUCCGAUCACUCGACGGCGACUCCGACGGCAGGGUCAGCCUCGCGGAGUACAAGACUCUCGUGAGCCGUCCGUACGCAAACGACACGCUAUUCACCGGCCUCGACAGAAACGGCGACGAGAGUUUGGACUUCGACGAAGUCUUGGCCCUCCACUUCAUAAUGACGAAAGGCCCCCUUCGAACUUGCCAUGCGUGCGCGAGGUCGAUGCCGGGCGCCUACUUUUCAUGCAUACCGUGCGAAAAGAAUCACCCCGACACUUACGACCUCUGCUGCAGUUGCUACGGCGCAGGACAAUACGACCACCAACACCCGGCGGCCGAUUUCUUGGAUAGCCAUUCUAUGCGGAAUUUGUUGGCUAAGAACUUCAACACCGCCGGCCCUCAACUUCGUCCACCCCACGAUGAUGAUCAGGAAGAGAUAAUCAUAGAUGGGGAACCCGACGGAACAUCGUCAAAUCAGGAUUUUAUGCAAAUCAAUGAUAUUGCUUAUCAAAAUCCUUCCAAGCUUCAGAAUCUGCAAGAAAAAUCAACCUAG